AUGAGCGCGAGACUACACAACAUGCUUCCCUUCCGACGAUUAUGCCUAGGCCUGGCUCUCUUGAGCUCAGCGCCUUUCACCUCUGCCAUUACGCAAUCAUACUGCUCGAGUGAAAACACCGGGUCGGACUUUAGUGCAGUCACCGACAUCUACCAGUCGAAUGGAGCCUGCUCAGACCAAUGUCGCAGCGAAUACGCCUUCGCAAUUGUCCAGUACCAGCAAUGCUGGUGCUCCAAUUACAUCCCUGCUACACAAGACGACGUGAGCAGUUGCAGUCAAAAUUGCCCUGGGUUUCCAUCAGAAAGCUGCGGAGACGCAGGAUCGGGCCUCUAUGGAUACAUUCAACUGGACAUCGCUCCGUCCGGCACCGCUGGAGCUGUUGUCGUGAGCAGCUCUUCUUCUCGGCAACAACAGCAGUCCUCAUACUCUCCGUCUCCGUCGCCAACUCCAUCGCCCACCAGCCAGGAGCCAGACCCAAGUACUGUGAGUAGCACUGUGGUCCAAACAGUGACCCAGAGUAUCAGCCUGACCAUUCAAACCACGGCUAUACAAACCAUCCAGACCAGCGAAAAGCCUACUCCCCGUCCUUCCCCGAAGCCAAGCACGUCCAGCCAGCAGCAGUCAACACCAUCGGCGACACCAGUGACGAGCACGAUCAAAACUACCAUCGCUGGCCAGGUGGUGACCCAGACUGUUACUUCGACACCCACAGUAGUCGUGGGCAACGCCAAUAGAGACAAGGUCGAGAUCUCUAGACAAGACGGUCUGUCUGGAGGCGCUGUUGCAGGAAUCGUGAUUGGUGUCGUUGCAGGCUUGGCCAUCUUAGCGGUCGCUGCAUUCCUCCUCUGGCGACGGAAAAACAGCGAAGGAGCCGAUGGUGCUGCUGCAACAUCAAGCUCCAAGAAGAAUAUGACCAGGAACGUGAGCGUGCUUAGCAAGGCCGGCUUGCUCUCAAGGGGCGCUCAACCGAGCAUGGGAGAGAGAGAUCAAGAUGAUGCCUACAUGGCCAAUGGCGGCAACAGCGUGCGCCACYCCAUGCUGUUUGGACCGGGCGCUGAAGGCGUCAGUCCUACCAGCCCCCUCGGGAGCAGCCAUGGGGAAAGUUCCAGCAGCAGGAGGCCAAGCAAGCCCAUGGUUUACGAUCAGCGGCUCAACCCUUCGGUCCUGUUUUCCAACAGCGAAGCAAACGGAAGCCGCAUUUCGAUGCAAGAUACUCAGGACUACAGUCGACCACUGGGCAUCGCGAACCCGGACCCGAGACCCAGUUUCGAAUCUCGUAAGAGCAACUAUCGCGCAUAG